UCCCGGCUACAAAGUGGGGAUAAAGUGCUAACUGGGCCAUAUAAGGAUUAAAGUGCGCACAUGUUGCUGCUGCAUGUUGCCGACGGCACUAGCAACAUGUUGCUGGCGUGAUUUCAGCCAUUUUAUUGUUUUCAUUUGCAAUCGCACUUUCUAUUUUUAACAGUUAUCUUUAACGAAUUACGUAUUUGCAAAUAAUAAUAAAAAUGAUAUGCCAAAUUAAAAAGAUCGAGCUGCAGAAUACCCUCUUCUCAAAUAUUAAAGUUGCCGAAGUUACGAGUGGCUUAUUGUUAUUAAUAUUAUAGUAAUAAUUUGUAAUAAUUCCAUUGGUGAUUUAAUAAAAGGGCUCUUAAAAUGCAUUUGUCUUGAAACAAAAUGGCUUUAAGUCAGUAUAACUUCAUUUAUUAAUCUUUAACGAUAAUAUAUACUCUUGACUUUUUAAAGUAAGGGGUACCAAAAUAAUUGGAAAUCGAUAAGAAAAUCAGACUUUUUGCGUGGGGGGUUUGGGCUUCUUUAGAUUGUAAAUUUGAGACCCGCGAUUUCAAUCUAAACAAGAAGCUGAUUAGGCCAGGUGUAUCUAUCUCUCAUAUAUAUAUUUAACUGAUUUCUUGGGGGUCUUCGUACGCGCUUGCCAAUAAAUCUGAUUGUUUGAGACUAUCAAUGGAUAGAUAGUGGUCAAGGUGCUAUAAAAGCUGGGAUCCCGAACCACACGGAUCAUAGUACUGCGAUGACAAGAGGAGCGUUAAAAGUGACCAUUUUACUGGUCGGAUUGGGCCUGGUUUUGGCCGGAUCUCGGCCUAUUUCUGAUUGCGGUGAGCGCAUUGUGGACGAUGGCUACCCAAUGGAGCGCCACGAAGUGGUCACCAGUGACAACUACAUCCUGACCAUGCACCGCAUUCCGUAUUCCCCCAAAACGGGUGACUCUCCCAAUCGACCGGUGGCCUUCCUCAUGCACGGCAUGCUGAGCUCCUCAUCCGAUUGGGUGCUCAUGGGUCCAGAGCGAUCCCUGGCCUACAUGCUGGCCGAUGCCGGCUACGAUGUAUGGAUGGGCAACGCCCGAGGCAACACCUAUUCCAAGGCGCACAAGUACUGGCCCACUUACUGGCAGAUCUUCUGGAACUUCAGCUGGAACGAGAUCGGCAUGUACGACGUUCCGGCAAUGAUUGAUUACGUCUUGGCGAAGACUGGACAGCAACAGGUGCAAUAUGUGGGCCACUCCCAAGGCACGACUGUCUAUCUGGUGAUGGUGUCCGAGAGACCCGAGUACAAUGACAAGAUCAAGUCCGCCCACCUUCUGGGACCCGCCGCCUAUAUGGGCAACAUGAAGAGCCCCUUGACCCGCGCCUUUGCCCCCAUUUUGGGCCAGCCCAAUGCCAUUGUGGAGGUCUGCGGAUCCAUGGAGUUCAUGCCCAGCAACAAGUUCAAGCAGGAUUUAGGCAUCGAGAUGUGCCAGGCCACUUCACCCUAUGCCGACAUGUGCGCCAACGAGAUCUUCCUGAUUGGAGGCUACGAUACCGAUCAGCUGGACUACGAACUCCUUGAGCACAUCAAGGCCACGUCUCCGGCUGGCGCAUCCGUGAACCAGAACCUGCACUUCUGUCAGGAAUACAACUCCGGAAAGUUCCGUAAAUUCGACUACACCGCUCUCCGUAAUCCGUAUGAGUACGGCACCUACUUCCCUCCGGAUUACAAGCUAAAGAAUGCCAAGGCUCCGGUUCUAUUGUACUACGGAGCCAAUGACUGGAUGUGCGACGUGAGCGAUGUCCGCAAGUUGAGAGACGAACUGCCCAACAUGGCGCUGGACUACCUGGUGCCGUUCGAGAAAUGGGCCCAUCUGGAUUUCAUUUGGGGCACUGAGGCCAGGAAAUACGUGUACGACGAGGUCUUGAAGCAGAUGCGAUCCUACGAAUAG